GCCCGCUCCGCCGCCCGCCGCCCGCGCCGCUCGCCGCCGCAGCCCCCGGACCCGGCGGAUUAUGAGCCAUGAGGCGGCUGCGGCGCUGGGCGUUCGCGGCACUGCUGCUGCUGCUGCCGCUUCUCCCCCCGCCCGGUCUUGGGAUCCGGGGUCCUGCCGGAGCUCUGCGCUGGCGGGUCUCACCCCAGUUGGGAGUCUCAGAAGCCCCUGAGGUCACAGAGCCCAGCCGUCUCGUAGGGGAGAGCUCUGGGGGAGAGGUCCGAAAGCAGCAGUUGGACACCAGGGUCCGCCAGGAGCCACCGGGUGGCCCGCCUGCUCACCUGGCCCAGGUGAGUUUCGUCAUCCCAGCCUUCAACUCAGACUUCACUCUGGACCUGGAGCUGAACCAUCACCUCCUCUCCUCACAAUACGUGGAGCGCCAUUUCAGCCGGGAGGGGACAACCCAGCACAGCACCGGGGCGGGAGACCACUGCUACUACCAGGGGCAGCUCCGGGGGAACCCUCGCUCCUUUGCCGCUCUCUCCACCUGCCAGGGGCUGCAUGGGGUCUUCUCUGACGGGAACUUCACCUACGUCGUGGAGCCCCGAGAGAUGGCCAGGCCUCAGGAAGCCCCCCAGGGACCCCUUCCCCACCUCAUUUACCGGACCCCUCUCCUCCCAGCCCCCCUUGGAUGCAGAGAACCAGGCUGCCUGUUCACUGCCCCCGCCCAUUCUGCUCCUCCGAACCGGCCGAGGCUGAGAAGGAAAAGGCAGGUCCGCCGGGGCCACCCUACAGUGCACAGUGAGACCAAGUACGUGGAGCUGAUCGUGAUCAAUGACCACCAGCUGUUUGAGCAGAUGCGACAGUCGGUGGUCCUCACCAGCAACUUUGCCAAGUCCGUGGUGAACCUGGCAGAUGUGAUGUACAAGGAACAGCUCAAUACCCGCAUCGUGCUGGUUGCCAUGGAAACGUGGGCAGAUGGGGACAAGAUCCAGGUGCAGGAUGACCUCCUGGAGACCCUGGCCCGGCUCAUGGUCUACCGGCGGGAGGGCCUGCCUGAGCCCAGUGAUGCCACCCACCUCUUCUCGGGCAGGACUUUCCAGAGCACCAGUAGUGGGGCUGCCUACGUGGGGGGCAUCUGCUCACUGUCCAGGGGAGGGGGUGUGAAUGAGUAUGACAACAUGGGGGCCAUGGCAGUGACCCUGGCCCAGACGCUGGGGCAGAACCUGGGCAUGAUGUGGAAUAAACACCGGAGCUCAGCAGGGGACUGCAAGUGUCCGGACAACUGGCUGGGCUGCAUCAUGGAGGACACUGGGUUCUACCUGCCCCGCAAGUUCUCGCGCUGCAGCAUCGACGAGUACAACCAGUUUCUGCAGGAGGGCGGCGGGAGCUGCCUCUUCAACAAGCCCCUCAAGCUCCUGGACCCGCCUGAGUGCGGGAACGGCUUCGUGGAGGCGGGAGAGGAGUGCGACUGCGGCUCGGUGCAAGAGUGCAGCCGCGCGGGCGGGAACUGUUGCAAGAAAUGCACCCUCACUCAUGACGCCAUGUGCAGCGACGGGCUCUGCUGUCGCCGCUGCAAGUACGAGCCGCGGGGAGUGUCCUGUCGAGAGGCAGUGAACGAGUGCGACAUCGCGGAAACCUGCACCGGGGACUCGAGCCAGUGUCCCCCUAACCUGCACAAGCUGGACGGUUACUACUGUGAUCAUGAACAGGGCCGCUGCUACGGAGGUCGCUGCAAAACCCGGGACCAGCAGUGCCAAGCCCUUUGGGGCCAUGCGGCUGCUGAUCGAUUCUGCUAUGAGAAGCUGAACGUGGAGGGGACAGAGCGUGGGAACUGCGGGCGCAAGGGGUCAGGCUGGGUCCAGUGCAAUAAACAGGACGUGCUCUGUGGCUUCCUCCUCUGUGUCAACAUCUCUGGAGCUCCUCGGCUGGGGGACCUAGGAGGGGACAUCAGCAGUGUCACCUUCUACCACCAGGGCAAGGAGCUGGACUGCAGGGGUGGUCAUGUGCAGCUGGCUGAUGGCUCAGACCUGAGCUACGUGGAGGACGGCACAGCCUGUGGGCCCAACAUGCUGUGCCUGGAUCAUCGCUGCCUGCCAGCCUCUGCCUUCAACUUCAGCACCUGCCCUGGCAGCGGGGAACGCCGCAUCUGCUCCCACCAUGGGGUCUGCAGCAAUGAAGGGAAGUGCAUCUGUCAGCCAGACUGGACGGGCAAAGACUGCAGUAUCCACAACCCCCUGCCCACGUCUCCACCCACAGGGGAGACCGAGAGAUAUAAGGGUCCCAGCGGCACCAACAUCAUCAUUGGCUCCAUCGCCGGGGCUGUCCUGGUUGCAGCCAUCGUCCUAGGCGGCACGGGCUGGGGAUUUAAUGUCCAGGCCCCGGGCCCAUCUCUGGGGCAAGGAGUCUCCUGGGAGCCAGAAGGCCCCUGCCUGAGAGAAGGGGAAGGUCACAGAUGGCUCCUUUUCCUUUCUCUGCCUCUCCUCUCCUCGGCUCCUGAAGAAACAUCCGCCGAGGAAGGUACGACCCGACCCAGCAGGGGGCAGUGUGACGCCGGCCACGUCAUCCCUCCCGCUGUCCCUGUCUCCUCCAUCUCAUUCGUCACCUCGCAUUCUGUUAAUGGGGAGCUAGGGGGUGAUUCUCCUACCCGCACUGUCACUGCUGUCACUACCGGGGUGGGAGAACUCACUCUGGGAAGAAAGUUCUCAGCCGCCCUUGCCCCCUUCUCUAGCUGCGCAUCUCCUCAGGCCUGGUCCAUUUACUCCUACCCUGCCUAAGGCCAGAUCACCCUGGCCAGGUGGACCCUGGAGCUGUGCCCCCCACAGCCCCUGUCCCCUGGGAAGGGAGCCUACUUCUGUGUCCCAUCUGUUUUGUCUUCCAUGUCACCGCUGUCUGACCUCCUGCCAGAUCCCCUCCCUGGCCAGCCUGUGAUUUGCUGCCUCCAGGGCCCAGCCCUGACCUCCCAGGGCCCGGCUCAGGGGCUCUCCCCCUGGGCCCUGCCUCAAAGUCUCCCUCGAUGCCCCCUCUCCGUUCCAGGUCCGGAGGGGCCUAAGUGCCACCCCCCCUCCCUCCGAGCCUGGCACCCACCGUCUCCACCCUGAACCACGAGGCUGCCCCUGCCCAGCCACAGAGGGAGGCACCAUGCAAAUGUCUUCCGGGCCCAAGCCCUUCAACUCCUGGCCCCACAGGGGGUUGGGUUGGGGGGCGGGGGGGGGGGCGACUGUGGCCCUGCCCUUCACACCACCAGGGUGGACCAGGCCUGGAGGGCAUUUCCCUCAUGGUCCCCCACCCCACCUCAUGUGGCUUUGGCCUUGAACACCAACUCUCCCUGUGUGAAUGUAACUUCCAUCAUCACAGAUUGCCACAGCUCAAGUCGGGGGGGGGGGGGGGGGGGGGCUGCGGCUAGAGGGAUGCCCCAGUGGGGCAGGUGGCCACCAGCGGACAUGCCUGGGAUGGCCCCUCACAAAACCAGGCAGCUGGGACCAGGGUUUUCGCUCUCUGGGACUUAGGGGGAGGGGACCGACAUCUGCAUUUUUUUCUUACUGAAUCUUUAUGUGAUGAAUGUAACCAUGGGGGUGCUGGGGCCAGGGCACUUGUGGGGAUCUUUUGACAUUUGCAGGAGGGCCCAGAGGAACGGAGGCAUGGCCGUCCCCUGGGCCCUCCCCUGGGAUGAGCACCCUAGAACCCUCUCCCUGAACACAGACGUCCCCAAGCCAGACAGGGGCCAGGCAUCCCUGCUUGCCUCUUCCGCCCAGCCCUGCUGAGCUUGGAGAAAAGUCCGAGUGCUGAUUCAAACCAAAGCUGCCUGUUCCGUGCCCAAGGCCUGGGUCAUGGGCAUGGUGACCACGUGUCCCAGAUUGUCUUCAAUUCCAAAAUGACUGUCGUGCUGUCCCUACCAGGACGCAUGUAUUUGGGGGUCUAGAAAACAUAGUCCCUGAAAUAAAAUGGCACCUUCCCCCUUUCAAGAAGGGUGAUUCUGGGGCUGACUCAGGGUUUAGGUGCCCUCUGGCGUGCCUAGAGGUCCCAGGCUGGGCCAUCUUCCCAGGAAGGACUCUCCCAAGUAGGAAGGCCAGGAGUGGCCCAGUGCCUGGAGAGUUAGGGGCUCUGCCUGUGAUGUGCAAGAGGAGGUAGAAAAAGGCAGGUCUCAUGUAUGAUCCUCAGCUUCUAGAAAAGUCCUCAAGGCCCAGUCACACCAUUCCGCUCCUUACCCCAUUCCAGGGCCGAGUAGUAAGUUUACAGUUGUCCCCAUUACGUCCUCUGAUCCCCCUGCAGCCCAGCCUGAGAGCCAGGCUGAAUUCCUCAAUCCUCCCGCAGUCCUGUCCAUGGCCUUCCCUCCCUCAUGACCCUUGCUUGGGACAGGAGCCCUGGCUCCUCAACUGCUGAAAACCAGCUGCAGGGGCAAGAUGGGGGUCCAGCUACCUUAUGGAUGAAAGCCACAAAUGAACGGAGCCCCUCCCCUCAGAGAUACCCCACCAGCACUGAGCAGGGGUUUCUGAACACCCCAGGGCCUUUGAGCUGCCUGUUUCAGUCCCUCUGUUUCUGGGGCAUCUCUGAGGAAGAAUCAUGGAGGAAACAGCUCCCUGUUUAACUGUACCACCCCUCAGGGCAAACCAGGGGCUGAGACCCAUUGACACCCUUUUAGGUGGCCGGAUGCGGCUACAGUGGGGUCCUCAAUACUGAGCUCCAGCUGGCACUGCCCAACAAGCGGGGGUAGGUGGGCCACCCCUCUGGCCAGUCCUGCUCCACUGGUCCCACAGGCUGGGGCAGGGGCAGGAGGGUAAGGGCUGGGUUUUGCACUAUUGCUGCGAUAACCUUAAGGCAUCCUCUGGUGGUACACACGUGCACACAGGUGGCGAUGCAUCUGGCACAAGCACUUGGAUCCAAAUCAUACAAGUGUGAACAGUUCUGCACACGGGCACGUCUGUGUGCACGUACAUGGGGGUGGGAGUGAGGAUGUGGACAAUGCUAGACUUCCUGUGACCAGUCCACGUGGCUCCCAGCUGUCUGCAUCCUCCUGCCCCACCCUAGGAGUGCCCGCCCUGGCAGCGCCCAGGGAGGAGUGGAGGCUGCACUGGCCUGGGCCUGGAACUGGCUCCAUACAGCAUCCUGUAAAUAUGUCAUCUGGGGCUUGGGGUGGGAAGGCAGGGACAGGCGCAUCAAUUAAAGAUCAUGUCCUGGGGCUUCCAUGGAGCUCAAACCAA